AUGGCGGGCUCCCUCGCCGCGGCGGCAGCGGCGCUGUUCUUGGCGGCGUCAACGCUGCUGCUGCCCCCGGCGGCGCGGUGCCAGGUCGUCAUCCCGCCGCCGUCCAACUCCACCCCGCCGGUGCGGCUGCCGCCCGCCCCGCCGCUGCCGCCGCUGGACCAGGUCCCGCCCGCCGCUCUCAUGUCCAGGAUCGACGCCGUCCGCGCCGAGCUCGCCGCGGAGGUGCAGGCCAAGUACGGCUUCUGCAUGGCCAACGUGGAGGAGGAUUUCAGCCAGGCGUUCAGCUUCCCCGACACCGCCUUCGUCUCCGACUGCGCGGAGCAGACUCAAGGGGAAAUGACUGGAAUGUUGUGCGAGAAAGCGGACAUAGAGAUAUAUGUUAAAAGCUUGGGUAAAAAACCCAGCACGAGGGUUAGUAAGAACUGUGACCAAAACUCAUGGGCACUAGGGUGUCAGCCUGGCUGGGCUUGCUCAAGACAGGAUGCUAAUUCAUCAUCAGGAGUGGUCCCAUCCAGUGCGGUUAAUUGCAGGCCAUGCUGUCCAGGUUUCUUCUGCCCUCGUGGUCUGACCUGUAUGAUACCUUGUCCGUUGGGUGCUUAUUGUCCUCUAGCAACAUUGAAUGAAACUACUGGGCUUUGUGAUCCGUACUCUUACCAAAUAACUCCAGGAUCGAACCAUGCAUGUGGCACUGCAGAUUCUUGGGCAGAUGUGAUUACAACUGAUGAUGUCUUCUGCCCUCCAGGGCAUUACUGUCCAACAACAACCCAAAAAUUUAACUGUACUGAGGGGUACUAUUGCCGUAAAGGUUCCACAGAUGAAUAUAAGUGUAUUUGGAAAAAUACAUGUAAGAAAAAUUCAACAAAAGAACAGACCGCUUUAUUCGGUGGCAUAUUAAUUGUUAUCUUGACCACUGUUUUGCUACUGGUGUACAACUGCUCUGAUCAAUUCAUCAGAAUUCGAGCUAAAAUAUUGUCUAAAUCUCGUAGAAAGGCUGCAACAAUUGCACAAGAAUCAGCAACAGCACGUGAAAGAUGGAAAUUAGCAAAAGAACUUGUACUAAGUCAUGAGUUAGAAAUGUCCGAGUCUUUUGAUACGCCCGAACAAAUAGCUGCAUCAUCUAAUGGGGUGCGGCAUGCUACUGAAGGUAACGGUAAAAGAUCUAAAAAUCGCAAAAAACUAGCACAUGCGCGCACUGAAAGGUACAGGCGUGCAUAUAGUCAAAUUGGCAGGGAAAGAGUUCUGCAGCCAGAUAAUGAUAAAUUAACACUGUCCAGAGUAGUGUAUCUAGCUGCCGAAGACAGACAGCGAAGGCCAAUGUUUGAAGUGGUUUUCAAAGGUCUAACACUAUCCAUUGGAAAAAAGAAACUUCUGCAAUGUGUUACUGGGAAACUUUCACCAGGCAGGGUAACGGCUAUCAUGGGUCCUUCUGGAGCAGGGAAGACUACUUUUCUCAAUGCUGUCUUAGGUAAAACAGCAGGAUAUAAGAAGGAGGGGUUAGUUCUUAUAAAUGGAAAAUCGGGAUCAAUGCAGUCAUAUAAGAAGAUCAUUGGUUUUGUGCCACAAGAUGACAUUGUCCAUGGGAACCUGACGGUUGAAGAAAACCUAUGGUUUAGUGCAUGUUGCAGGUCAAGCAAAGGCAUGUCCAAAGCUGAUAAGAUUAUAGUUCUUGAACGGGUUAUUGGAUCAUUAGGGCUUCAAGAAAUCAGGAAUUCCCUUGUUGGGACAGUGGAGAAACGGGGUAUUUCUGGAGGACAAAGGAAGCGUGUAAAUGUGGGGAUUGAAAUGGUUAUGGAGCCUUCUCUUCUUAUUUUAGACGAGCCAACCACAGGCUUGGACAGUGCUUCCUCUCAACUACUUUUAAGAGCUCUUCGCCACGAAGCACUCCAAGGCGUAAAUGUUUGUGCAGUGAUUCACCAACCAAGCUAUACUUUGUUCAACAUGUUUGAUGACUUUGUUCUUUUGGCAAGAGGUGGUCUUAUUGCUUACCUUGGUCCUAUAAGUGAAGUUGAAACAUACUUCUCAAGCCUGGGGAUUAAAGUGCCUGAGCGUGAGAAUCCUCCAGACUACUAUAUUGACAUCUUAGAGGGAAUAGCAAAGACUAAAAUGAGGGGACAUGCUGCUCCUAAACACUUGCCACUUCUUUGGAUGCUACGUAACGGAUAUGAAAUUCCAAAAGAUAUGCAGAAAGAUCUUGAGGAUAUUAAUAAUCUUCAUGAGUUAUAUACCGUUGGAUCCAUGUCUAGGGAACAGUCUUUUGCAGAUCAGUCAGAGACCGCAGAUUCAGUGCACCAAAAUGUUAGGCAAUCAUAUGGUAUACUGGACAGGAAAACACCCGGUGUACUUGCACAAUACAAAUAUUAUUUAGGAAGGGUAGCUAAGCAACGCCUACGUGAAGCUACACUACAAGCUGUUGAUUACUUAAUACUGUGUAUUGCUGGCAUAUGCAUUGGAACAAUUGCUAAAGUUAGUGAUGAUACAUUCGGUGCAGCUUCAUAUGGAUAUACCAUAAUUGCAGUUUCAUUGUUAUGCCAGCUUGCGGCACUGCGGUCAUUUUCACCAGAAAGAUUGCAAUAUUGGAGGGAGAGAGAAUCUGGCAUGAGCACUCUAGCUUAUUUUCUUGCAAGAGAUACAAUUGAUCAUUUCAACACCUUGGUGAAGCCAAUUGUCUUCCUCUCGACAUUUUAUUUCUUCAACAACCCACGAUCUAAAUUUAUUGACAACUACGUGGUGUUCUUGGCACUAGUUUAUUGUGUAACUGGCAUAGGAUAUACUUUUGCUAUUUGGUUUGAGCUAGGAUUAGCUCAAUUGUGUUCUGCGUUAAUACCUGUGGUACUGGUCUUGGUAGGCACUCAAGCAAACAUUCCAAAUUUUAUAAAGGGAUUAUGCUAUCCCAAGUGGACACUAGAGGCUUUCAUCAUUGCAGGAGCCAAAAAAUAUUCUGGAGUAUGGCUGAUUACUCGAUGUGGAGCAUUGCUAAAAGGUGGUUAUGAUAUCAAUAAUUUUAUUCUUUGCAUCGAGAUUAUCAUGCUCAUGGGUGUACUCUUCCGGUUUAUUGCGCUGCUUAGUCUGUUGAAGCUAAAAUAGAUGUAAAGACAAGGAUUGCGUUUUGUUAUCUUGAGCACCGAACAACAGAGGAGCACUGUGGAAUUUGUACAUAAAGGUUGCUGCAACUGAUAGAAACUUUGUACAGAUUUACAAAAUGUUUAGAGUUGGAACACCACCCAAUCUUUUCCAAAUGUUUGUAUAUACUACAGAAAUGACACUGUUAUACAUGUCAAUUUUUUCACGAGGGGUUAUACAUGUAUAUUUGCCUCUACACUAAUAAUAUUUUUUCACAUGUUAAAACCUUAUUUCCUGAGUAUUUGGGAGAUACAUUUUCACGUGCCAUUUUGUGUCAAA